CAAUGGCGCGCGCGUGUGGCGCCCGUCACCGUGGCGACGGGGCCGGUCCCGGGGAGGCGGUGAUGGGUUGACAGGUGCGUGACAGUCGGGAGCUUCUCCGCAGGCAUGUACGGCAAAGGCAAGAGCAACAGCAGCGUCCCGUCCGACAGCCAGGCCCGCGAGAAAUUAGCACUGUACGUAUAUGAGUAUCUGCUCCAUGUAGGAGCACAGAAAUCAGCCCAGACAUUUUUAUCAGAGAUAAGAUGGGAAAAAAACAUCACACUGGGGGAGCCCCCAGGAUUCUUGCAUUCCUGGUGGUGUGUGUUUUGGGAUCUCUACUGUGCGGCUCCAGAAAGACGAGAAACAUGUGAACACUCAAGUGAAGCAAAAGCCUUUCAUGACUAUAGUGCUGCAGCAGCUCCCAGCCCAGUGCUAGGAAACAUUCCCCCAGGAGAUGGCAUGCCAGUAGGUCCAGUACCACCGGGGUUUUUUCAGCCUUUCAUGUCCCCUCGGUACCCUGGAGGUCCAAGGCCACCUCUCAGAAUACCCAACCAGGCCCUUGGAGGUGUCCCGGGGAGUCAGCCCCUCCUGCCCAGCGGGAUGGACCCCACACGGCAGCAGGGUCAUCCAAACAUGGGUGGGCCGAUGCAGAGGAUGACUCCUCCAAGGGGAAUGGUGCCAUUAGGACCACAGUCUGACCCUUGGUUGUCGUUGCAGAACUAUGGAGGUGCCAUGAGACCCCCUCUGAACGCUUUAGGUGGCCCGGGGAUGCCUGGGAUGAACAUGGGUCCUGGGGGUGGCAGACCUUGGCCAAACCCAACCAAUGCCAAUUCAAUACCUUAUUCCUCGGCGUCUCCUGGGAACUACGUGGGUCCUCCAGGAGGUGGAGGGCCACCAGGAACACCCAUCAUGCCUAGUCCUGCAGAUUCAACCAACUCUGGAGACAACAUGUACACUUUAAUGAAUGCUGUGCCACCUGGGCCCAACAGACCUAAUUUUCCACUGGGGCCAGGCUCAGAUGGACCCAUGAGCGGACUGGGUGGAAUGGACUCACAUCAUAUGAAUGGAUCAUUAGGCUCAGGAGACAUGGACAGUAUUUCCAAAAACUCUCCCAGUAAUAUGAGCAUGAGCAACCAGCCUGGCACUCCCAGGGAUGACAGUGAGAUGGGUGGAAACUUCCUAAACCCCUUCCAGAGUGAGAGUUACUCCCCUAGCAUGACAAUGAGUGUGUGACCUGUUCACAAGUGUUGCCGUGAAGACCACAGUGAGUUGGCCCUCUCCCGAGAGCUACCGCAGAAGAAAAUGAUUCGUCCCAGUGUACAGUUUAACUAAAGGAUCUCAGACACAAUCAGACCCACCUGUUUUUUUUUCCUACCAUCUCCCCCGUUUUGUCAAAAAGUGGGUCCCAAACAUGCUUGAGACAACUGUAAAGAGUGGCAUGAGAGAAGUGCCCGAGGUGGAGCUGCAAGCGCCUGUCUGUGUGUGUACAUGUGUGGGUCGGCGUGGGGUGUGUGUGUGUGACACAAAGCGCACACACACACACACAGACCCCAGGACAUUGUAAAAUAGUAUCACAUGACAUCUUACGUAGCAAUCAGAAGUAGGGACUUUUAUUCCAUUUCUUUUUUUUUUUUUCACGUUUACAUUUUAAUUAUUAAAAUUUGCUUUCCCUCUCCCCUCCUGAACUGUUUUAUGUUGCAUAUAUCACUGCUUUAUAAGUUAUUUUUUAAGUUGAACUCAAAGGAUAAAUUCUUUUGAUUUUGUUAGUGUCUGCCAUUAUGGAUAGGAAUAAAAUUGCUUAGACGAGCUUUCAUUAACUUUUGUUUGAUACCAGCUACCCUGUGAAUCAUGAGUUGUACUGUCUCAAGAAAUAGAAGAAAGCUCAUCUUAAUUUUUUGGAGAAAUUUAAUAACUUCCACCUAGUUUGGGGAUUUUUUUUGAUACUUUGCCUUUAAGAGAAAAAAAAUAAGCACUGAAGGUUAUUUUUCUUCUUUAACUGAAGCCUAAUAUCUGCAAUACCUAUUUUAAAUGGAAGCCUGAAUUUGAUACAAGCUUCUCAGUUUAUAUAGAGUACUAUAAGGUUACUGUAAGUGAGCUCCAAUUGCUAUAGAAUCUAGCAAUAAAAUGUCAGGGCUUCUCCUGCCCUUGGAAUUGAGUUUUCUAUUUAGCACGGUCUUCUGUAGGGAUGGUAGUUAGUGGAAAUACAGUAGAGUCCUUAUCACCAAACAUUUCCUAACAACUUACAAUUAUGUUUCCCAUUUUCAGUGAUUCUCAAACAAAUAUGAGCAAAUAUGAUCCGUGUUCCUAAUGAUAACCAGUAUAUCCCAAGCCCAUUUAGAAAAUCAGGUCAUCCUGCUGCUUGGGUGUGUGUUAUCUACCAUAUCUGCCAGAAUUAAUUCCCCCAAAACUUUCCAGUCAGCAGCCUUUUUUUUUUUUUUUUUGGAGCCAAAAUGCCACAGUAAACUUUUUAUGACUACUAGCCUUGUGAGAGUGUUACCUUUUGCCAUGCAGAGAAGAGGAACAAAGGUCUGGGCCCUUUUAUAAGGAGGACAGACAGGUAUGAAAGCUGGGGACAGAAUGCAGAAAAAGGCCUAAAGGAAACGCUUCUGGAAGCAUUCCCAUUUCUCUUCAGGCAGAGCUCUGAAACCAAGAUUAUGGUACAUUUACUUAGAUUUUCAGCUCCCCCAAGAAAAAUAAGUUUUCAGUUUGUAGUGAUACAAAGGCUGAUGAUCAGCAGUGCAGGCACAAAGUGGCUCAGCAGAAAUUCGUGCCACAGACAAACAGCAAAUUCCUGUCCUUGGACUUAAAUCUAGAAGAGCCACUUGCAGAGGAGGAGCAGUUCUGGGAUGUCCACGUGAAAGGGGAUUUUUUUUUGAGGAACUUGUGAUAAAAGAACAUAUGUGAUGGGCUUGUGAUGGCAGCUGAACGUAACGGGAUGUGUAAGGAAUACUGCAAUCUCCUAACUCGUUCUUUCCAUAUAUUAUAUGUAUAUAAUAUAUGGAAAUAAAAAGAUUUAACACUUUACUCUCCUGUUGGGCCUAUUCAAAGAUGAAAAUCUCAGAGGAUUAAAAUUAUGUUGAAGUAUCAAAGAUUUUGGUAGCAUUACUUUUUAUUAAGAACUACUUGAUUAGAUGUAAACAUAACCUAGGUAGUCAUUAUAUGGUUUUGUAGACUGUAUUCCCAUUGAUUAAGAAGGUCACAUUCAUUUGCCUGUCUUUGGAAAACACUUUGUUGCUGUCUCCAAAGAUGCUGGCAGACCCUGCUAUUGGCUUGAGUCACAAACACAAAAUCAGGUGUAAUCUCCUCAGACCCUUUGCUGUUGUCACUAACACCGCUGGGGUGGCCCCAGUACACCCAGAGUCCAGGUGUCCUUGCAGCCUGUGUUUGCCACCUCUAUUAUCUGUGGUAGCCUUCCAGGGACCCGAGGACUUUUUCUGGCCCAGUUCCAGUCAAGAUUAUGUCACUGCUUAUGGACUAAGGUAGAUGGGAAGAGUGCAUCAAGUGCCAAAGCCCAUUCCCCAGGUCAGUGAGCUGUCAGGCACCUUGGAAGGAUGGAAGUCUGAUCAUUAAACCUGUGCAAGGAAUUGCUGACACAGAUUGGAUGUCAUUACCAAAAAUGUUAUCCUCAUUUUUAUACAAGACCAUAACAUCCUUUCAGCACGUAAUUCAGUCACUGUGUCCUGCAAUUCUCAUUUCCAUACCCACAUAGCCUCACAGGCAGCAGGUGAUGUCACUAAUGCUUUGUCCAAGCCUUUACCCAGCCUCAGCCAGGCUUUGGAGAGGCCAGGUUCUGCAGCUGAACCAUUAGAAAACAAUCUUAAGUGCUAAUCACUCAACUUCAAAAUUACACCUUUGGAUUAUUUUUUUAUUAAUAUGCACAGGGCUUUUUGCUUGUUCAUUUUUCUUUCUUUUGCUUACAAAUCCUUGUAGGAUUUUCAUGGUAUCAGGAGCAUCAAUAUGGGAAGAAAGACUAUUCCCAAGCGGUUUUUGCUCCCACUUACAUUUCUUAUGCUCCAGAUACCAGGAGCAAUGUAACUGCUGUUUGGUUCUGUCCUUACGCAACAGUAUUGUUGAUGAUGUCAGAAUUUGUCCAGCUCUGUGAGGAAUUUUUUUAAGUGGUGCGGGAUAGAUCCUCUCACACUAGGUUUUUAGACAGAUCUUGCUCUUUAGUAUAGAAAUAAAUAGAUGGUGAUUCUGUAAAUGGGUCUUUCAGGCAAGGUUGAAGUAAGCCUUCUUAAAAGCAGAAGUGAUUAAAUCUUAGAGCAGCAGAAAUGAAGAAUAAGGGAUUUCUUAUGCUGUAAGAACUCUUGCAAAUAUUCUGGCUUUGUAGAAAUCAGCUGAAACUGGAUUCACUUGUGAACUUCACAGUGAAACCAGGGUCUUACCUGCUGCUUAAACCUAUGGAAAGAGUGUUCAGAUCCAGAUUUAUCUCCACGUCACCCAGAUUUUAUUGCCAUGUCUAAGUCUUGUAGGCAAGAACAGGGUUUGGAGCAAGGAAGAAGCUGUCCGAAUCACAGGUAAAGCAUGUGGCCUGGCAUGCAUUAGCAAAACACCUGGAUAUUUGCAUGUAGGGGCUAAGUUAUUUUCUUAAUUACUGGAAAAUGAGGAAAAACUGCAGUUGCACUCCCUCCCCACCAAAAAAUUCCAUUUUUUAUUUGGAAGGCCUCUGGUAGCAGAGCCCCAGCCACCCAACAGGUCACGUGUUCAGAGACAGUAACAACUGUCAGCCUGUUCCCCAUAAUGGAGGAUUAAAUGUUCCAUGUCCCAGGACAUCCAGCUGUUCCUGUCCUUUCCAACAGGAAUACUCAAUGAGAGAUAUAUAGGCUAAUCAUUUAUUUUAAAUAAUUCCAGUUGGGAAAAAGUGAAUGGAAGCUUGCUUCUUUAAGGAUGCAUCAAAGGACAGCUUCUUCAACUACCUAAAACCAACUGAAUUUUCCUCUGUUCUGUGGCUAACAAAUGCAAUACUGCAUGUGCAAUUGAUUUGGAAUGAGAUUUAAGGAGGGACCAGCUGUUACAAUAUUUAGUGUCGAUUACUUUAUUCAAAAGGACUUUCCAACUGAUACCUGUUGCACAGAUUUCUAUUUCUGUAUCAGUUAAUUAAAUGUUUUCCCCUGUUCCUAGUCAGCUCUGAUCCAUUGCUGUUCUUAUGUUGUUCUUCUGGUGCCUAAGUAUGAACUGGAUUCUUCAGAAAUUGACAUUUGCAUUUCAAGAACAUAAAAUUUACCUUAAUAAUGUAAAAAGUAGAGGUAAAUUUACUUCUUCUGUAAUUCACUGUAAGUGGUGAUAUAACUGUGGGUCCUGUCCCAGACACACUUGGGUUUGCUCAGGCCUUAAGGAUGGGAAUGCUGACAAAGUGCAUCUUUCAAAUAAACCCCUAAAAGCUAUUUCAACACUGACAUCUCACACUGAGGAGGCAAUUCAUGAUUCAGUGAUCCAAAACAAUUGUAAAAAUUCAGAGAUAAAUUAGUUACAUUUCAAUUUUACUGUAUGCAGUUCUCUCUACUUUUCAGAUAUUAUUGGCACAAUCCUAUAAACUGCUGCUUGUGCCACUUCUGCUGAAACUUUGAUGAAACCACUCACACAAGGUCAUUUUUUGGAUAGGAUAUUCCACCUUAGUCUGGGUCAAAUACAUACCUCACCUGUGGUGUGACAUUAUUUGGCAGAUGUAAAAACUGAGUAUAUAGAGCAAAACACAGAGGGUCUGUUGAAAUUACUGAAAUGAUAUUUCAAUCUGGAAAAUGAGAAAAGAUAAUUUAAAAUACUGCUUUGCACUCCUGUAUAGUGUCUACAUAUUGGAAACAAAUUACAGUACCAAAUCUAGAAAAAAUAAAUAGAUCAUCUACUCAGCACAUGAAAAUUCUGAUCCUGCCAACAGCUUCACCUUGGUUUGAAAUUGAGCCUGCACAUAGUUAAUUUUAAACAGAUCUAAGAACACAGGUAGUAUCCUUCAGGAAAGUAAAAAAGUAGGACUGUAAUAAUCUAAACCCAUGCUUGAACAUGGAGAGUCUAGAGCUCAAAUUAAGUCUUUCCUAAGCAGACAUUAUUUGACAGGUUUUACCAGUGCAGGAGCAUGUUUAUGUAUCAAUAGUACUGACAUGCGGAACAGAUUUGGCUUUCUUCUGUUUCUUACUUUAUUAGAGCUUUGUUCACUAUUACAUGAACUAUUUCUGUGACUUUGUUCUUCCAUCUUGUUUUCAAUUGUGCGGCCAUAGUUCCCCUCAACACAGCCAACAGCUUUGCAGUUUUAGUCCAAACUUCUGUUUGGUCGCUGUUCUUUUUUAAGCUUAAAAUGUGUAAGAAAACCUCUCAUGUAAUGGGAAAACUUGCCAUAAAAAUGUAUAAAAGUUUUCUUGGGUACAUGUUUUCAAAUUGAAUAAAUGCAGUUUUCAGUUAUAAUUUGAAAUGGUCACUUUCUAGCCACUAUUUCAGUUUUGUGUGAAAAAGAAAUGGAGAGAGAAAAUCAUCUUGAUUUUUUCUUUAUUUGAAUUCAGCAUUGUAAAUAUUUGCUGAAAGACAUGAUUUUGGGGGAAGCCAGAUCAAAAAGAGAUUUGCUGCCUAGUUGCUAUAAAUAAUACAGCUGGACUUCAUGUUGAAAGCUCCUUCCACAUCCCCAAAAGCGUACUGCUUGACAUCGUCUGAUUUGUGUGACCUUGUACAAAGCCUGAUUCACAAAUAGGGGUUUAAUUUGCCUGAUGAGUGUUUUCAGUGUGUCUUGUGGAUGAUUCAGGGUUCUGUGGUCACAGAAGAGUGGUUGAGCAGGCUUGUUCCCAGGUCAGGUGGCUCAGGACUGGGUAAUUAUCCACCAGAAACAAGGUGUUAGUUCGCUACCUCGCUGUUCUCUUGAGAACUUGCACAACUCUUCUUGCCGUUAGGUUCUGGGGAUCCUUUUAAGAUUUUACAAUGCUGAGACAAGAGGAUGAAUUUUGCUAAGAGAAAAUUCUGCAGUUUUUAGCAUCAGUUGUAGGGAAACAGCACAAAACAUGGGGAUUUAGAAAGGUGAUGUGUUUUCAAUGCCCUGGGUGAACUAGGAAAUAGACUGUACAACCUAGGAGUUUGGGCUGUUACAGAGAUACUGAAAUCAUCAGUAAUUGCUUUUGAUGGGAAAAUAUAUUGCUGUGGAACAACUGCUCUGAUCCUUGAGGAGUCAAAUUGUCAGCUGGAUGAACUGGAUAUUUUAGGCUUUAUUUCUGUUGUUUUAAUCUUCAUGUUUUACCCUCUCUCACUUGGACUUCCCCGUUAAAUGUACUGGGCCAGAUCUUUGCACAAAAAAAGAGCAUUUUGCCCAACAAACUUGCCGGAAGUUGUUCACAUCUAUAACGAGAGCCCUGCCGUAGAGAGUUUAUUUCAUUAGAGUGAAAUAGAGCAUAACACUAGAUAAGGAGUGGCACUGCAGCAUCCCAAGAGUUCUCACUGCUCCAGAUCAGGAAAGUUAGCAUCCCACAUGCUCGCAAAUUAGAUGAGAUGGUUCCUAACAAUGAUAGAAAAUAGCUUGAAAGAAAAGCUGAUUCUUGUCGUGCAGACUGGAGGAAAGUAAAAUCCUAAAUACAGGAUAUAUUUCAUUGAGGUAGAAAUUUACUGAAGCCCUCUGUAACAGAAGCAAGGAGCACAUCCAGUGGUUUAGUGGGAAAGCAAAGUGGUGCUACCAAAUUGUUGUCAAUAAACAUAAGAUCCAAAAGCAGGUACAAGCUAUUUUCAUUUUCAUUUUUCUAGUCUCUUUUAUUUUUUCUGAUUAUGUUGUAGUUUUGAUUUGAUUUGCAUUUACAUUAAUGGAUAAGGAAGAGAACACAAGUUCCUAAAGUAGGGCUGGAAUGAAUUAGGGCUGGAAUUAGAGACAUGGAAGAGUGGUGUGAGUAAAGCUGGAGUUUUCCAUUAGUUAAAAAUCAAGUGAAUUUUUAUACUACUAUUUUUCCAGGACAAAAAACAUCCAUACAAUAAACUUUGGCUCUGUCAUGGCUGUUUGAGAAGUGUGAAUACAAUUGCUGUGUGUGCUUUGAGACCAGUUUUGAGGCUUUUGGUUUUUUGGUUUUUUUUUUUUUGCAAGUAUCCCCUUGGAGUACAUCUAUUUUGUGCAUGUUUGGCUAAAACCACAACAAACAAACCACAUCUAUUUAAUGGAUUGGUGUACACACAUCUGGUUCUGGUGGGAAGAGGAGGAAGAUUUGAUAGCUGGUGGGUUAGCAUAUUUAUGUGAAUUACUGACAGCAUUGGUAAACUAUUGUCAACUUUGUCCACAUUGCACAAGAUUCUGUGUGUUGUCUACUGCUGGUGUUAUAACCUGGGUGAUCCAUGCAUAUCCUGUAAAUUCCUGUAGGUUUUGUGUAAGAAAUUUUGUCACCACUGCUUGCUACUGUAAAUUCUUGUUUUGAAGCAACAGGUGGCAUUUGACUGUACAGCCAUGUGUAUUAUAUACUGCAACAGUCCUUGUUCUGUCCUCUGAACUUGCUGUCCACAUAGAGUUGAAGCUCUGUUAAGCACGCUUAGUGGUUUCAGAAUUUAUUUCAAACAGCAGAUCUAUAAGCCAUUUACAGGAAUAUUCAGUGUAAUGUAAGAGAUUUCAACCCAGUUCGUAUCCUUGUCUGAGAGCUUGGGGUUGGAUUGGAGCAGGCAUCCCAGGUGCCUGUGCCUGCUCACCUGAGAGGUGUCACACCUGUGCAGGUGUCCCCCGGCAAAGGGGUGCCCCAGGCACAGCACCUGGGCAGGCUGCUGCUUUACAAAGAUGUGUGACCUGGUGUCUCUUUUAUUCCCCAAACACUGCACCAGUGCCAAGACAGAAGCCCAUCUCUAAGGGCAUACAGGAGGCUGCCCAGUGCUGCCUGGGGAUUGUGUCCUCAUCCCCACCCACUGCAGGCUUUACCUGAGGUGGUGUUUUAAGGAGAUUUGAACUCUCUGUCUCUACCAAGAGAGAAAAAUAACCUGAAUUCUGGGACUCUGGAUUCUUUUUUUACAGUAUUUUAUGAUAUACAACAAAGAUCUGAAAAUGUCUGUGUUCUUUGCUGGUUUCUGACAUCAAAAGUUCAAGUCCUGUCUAGUCUGAAAGGCAAUGAUGGGAAAACUGAAGAAGCUUAGAAAGUUGAAGGGGAUUCUUACUUCGAUUAUUUUAAAUUCUGUGUUUCUAUUGAUAGUUUAAUCAAAUGACUAGGCUAAUCUUUAGAAUCAAGGCAGUCUUAAUGACUUCUCACCUUCACCCUUUCAUGUAAGACUUUGAGAGCUUGCAAUAAGUGUUCCUCAUGCUUACAGUCCAAUUUGUACAUAAAUUCCCUGUAUUUCUAAGAUCAAAAAAUAUUUCUACAGUUACUUCUGCCCUUUACAGAGAAUAACAGGGCAAUCCCAGUCCCAUAAUCCCAAGUAUUUGUAGGUGUAUUUUAGACAAAGAAUGACUUUCAACAUCAUAAAUAAAACUAAUGUUCAGUGUUCCAGUCUCUGGAAGUAAAGAAAACCUCAGUAAUUUUGCAAACCAGCAAGAAUGAAACUUGUCUAUAUAAAUAUUAAUGUAGAAAGUGCAUGCAAAACUUGAUACUGCCUCUGACCUUAAUCAUUACUAUUGAUACUAUUGGGGAUCUCACAAAUGUGUGUUUCAGAACGCUGUAUUUCUUCUCAGUGUGUGCUUCAUCCUCAUUACCAACAGCUCCUGCAGAGAGCCAGUCCAUGCCGUAGCCAAGGCAUGGGGAUGCAGAACUCCACAGCACCAUGAAUACAUGGACAUGUGUGCGUGUUGUGUUAGGAUGAGUAACCACUGCAGCUGCAAACCCCUCCAGACCUUGUGUGUAACUCUCCAGGGCAGCCUCUGGGAUGUUUUGGGAGGGCUGCAGUCCCUGUGGACAAGAGCCGCUCAGCAGCGCUCCCAGACCAAGUGGCUCCAGGUCUUGCUUUGGGGGAUCAUCAUGAACUCAAGCCUCACUGUUUCAUGUGUGACAAGCUCCUUGCCAGACUGUGAGCUGCAAAGGCACGGAUGGUGUGGGUCACUGACCCAAAGCGUGUCCGGCUUGGAACCUCAGGCAGGGCUGUGACAGACUGGAUUGUCAUGGUGAUACUGUGCCACCACAUCAGACUUGUUUCCGCUCCAUGCUGUGGCCUGAUUCAUCCUGCCCUAAUUUCAGCUGCCUAAAAAUUACCAGCCUGGGUCUUGUGUGUAAGGCAGAGGAGGGACACGAGCGGAGAUGCCUCUGGAAGAUUGCAUUAUGGCAUCAGUUGCCCUCACCACUGAUGAACGGCUGGAAUUAGGUGGGAUGAAUCCAAGUGUUUACAAUUGGCUUCUCACACCUCUACACAAAAGUGUAUUUAUUCGAGCUUGGAAGGGGCAAGAAUAAUGCAGCUCCUUUGAACCUGAAUCCAAGUGACUUACAGAUGACUUUCUGAAUUCAAUCUCAAACAUGAGACUUCUGCCCUGUAGUGCUAUUUUCUGUAUUUCUGCUUUGAUUUUAAUGAACAGCUAUAGCUUGAGCUUGCAACUUGUUGGAACAUUUCUAGAGGGAUUAGCCCUGCCUAGGAAUCCUCACCUUUAUUUGUUAAGUGGGCUUCCUCGUUACCUGCACUGAUUUUCAUUGCAAGCAACACAUGAAGAAACCAUUGCAUAGAUCAGUCAACACCAGCGACAGCAUAUGCAGCUUUUAAAUUCAGCUGUGGGCUUGUAACUAAGGUAUUAAUGUUCAUACUUUCCAGGUGUGGCUACAGAUUCCUUUCCAGAGAGCUUUAAGGAAUAAAUCUAGGAGGUCCUGACUGAGGAUUGUGAGAACACAUGUAGUAAUGGCAGUUGAUGAUAGGUUUUAUUGGGGGAAACCUGCAAUAAAUGUGUUGGGAUUUAAUGUGCUGGUUUGGAGAUGACGGAACAUCCCAUAUGUCAAAUAGAGCAGAUGUUGCAGGCAGCGUUACUGUGGGUUAGCAGAGCUGCUUCCAGUAGGGUCCUCCUCUAUUUCCCCUUGAUACCUUCCUCCAUUACCUGCCAGUACGAAGUCCUGACAGCAGUUGUGCCAGUUCUUGCUGCGAGCUGAGGAAAGCUCAAGAGAAAAAACUCAAAUGUUGUAGCUGCACCUUUCACUUUCAUCAAGUGUCUGCAUUCUUAGAGCUGGGCUGGGACAGCAGUCGCCUCCACAGUUGCCCUGUAACUUCAUCACACAAAAGUGGGGGUCACUUUUUAUGAGUUUAACAGAAGCAGUAUUGAUCUAUUCACUUUAUUUCCUAAGUUGUGAGUCAUUUGCUGUUGGAAAUUAUACACAUCUUGUGUAGCUAUGAAUGGAAAAAUUGAGAUUUGUUUCUUAUGAUGAGCUGGUACAACUCCUGCUCUGCUGUUCAAUAUUUUUGAGUGCUGAAGUUAACCAAAAUGCUACCUUUAUAGAUUAUCUCAGCCUCAACUCUGCAUGAAAAUGGGUGUGAAUUUCCAGUUGCUGUUCCUGGUUUCUCUGUGAAUUCUGAGCCAAAGGUAAAGCAGUGGGAAAAAUUGUUGUGGCAGCCGCUCACUGACAGCUUUUCAGAUGCUUAAAGCCAUUCUGUCUGUCAUCUGACAGUGUUCCAGUGUUCUCACUGGGUCACCAUGUUGUUGUCAGCUAGUGCAGGAAAGGUGGAUGAGCUCACCACCCGGGAAGAGUAGAAAUGUAGCAAGUAAUGAGCUGUGUUCUCCAACAGUCCUUUAUUUGUAGAGCUUCACUUUCAAUUAACAUUUGUACCUUCAGUUGUUAUUGUACCGUUCACUAUCUUGAGGUGGUAUGAGCAGAAAUAUAUGAAUAUAUAUAAUUUACCAGAAAUAUAGGCUUGUAUUGUGCCUUUGUAAUUCUCUUCAGCUUCAGUAUAUGUACGCUACAAGCAGACGAACUUCCUCCCUCUUUUGGGGUGUUCUUUACUACACCAGUAGCUGAUGGCUUCAUUAAUGCUGGCUCUUUUAGUCUUCUGGGGCUAACAUUUCUGUUUUUCUGAGUGAAAAUGCCAUAGUGCCCUCAGCAGACAUAAGCACAAUGACAUAAACUGCAGUGCAUGCUGUCUCUUAGCUUCUCUCUACACGUGCUUGCAUGUUGGAAAAUCUGAAGAGCUGCUGUAUAAAUUGCUACAUUAUUUACCCAAUACAGGUGGUUUUCUGCAUCCCUUUUUUGCUCAAAACUCCUAUUAACUCAGAAGUUAGUGAUGGCUCGAAGGGGGUUUUGGAAGCACAAAGGAUGCAGGGAGCAACUCUUCCGUAGUUUACAGGCUGCUAUAAAUGUCUUUUCAGCAACGAAAUGUAGCAUUUUAGCAGUAAUUUCCUAGUGAAAACACUGAGCGUGCUUAUCACUUAAGAUUUUAAGGAAAAAAGUGUCAGACUGUGUAAUUGUAUCUCAUAUAAUUUUGACAGAACCAGUUUUAUCUACGUGUUCAUGCUAUACCAACCAACACAGACCUGAAAGGUGACAGCCAUGUUUUUGUUACACAAGAAGUCACAGUUUUCCAGAGGUUCUGUUUUGAUUUUUUGUUUCUUUACCACAUUUUCACUGCAGAGGUAUUUUUCUAUAUAUUUACCUGAGGCUUCCUUUCACCAACCAAAAGAAUCUGUAGCCCUCUGCACUGUGAAAGGCAAAGCCCUGUGGAGAGACACGGGCUUCGCACUUGCCCAGCAAAUUAGCAGAAAUUUCACCCAAGCCAUAAAAGCCUCUUAUGUUAAUCUCUGUUUAUGUAAUUAAAGCAAUUAGGGAUAGGAGCUUCAGGAAUAAUGACGUCUCUCUAUCCUGCAUUUACUCUCUCUGUGCUUCAUAGGGAUUUAAGGGUUCUUUUUUCAAGGCUCAGCUGUGUCUCUUCAAACCAGUGCAGUCUAAGCAUCGUGUGAGAUGCAGUUUAUGGAGAUAGCAUUGGAGCGUGAAAGAUUUACUUCUGGUAGCAAGGAAAAACAUGUGUCCCUGUGGACAUGGACACUUGCAAACAAGUCUGAUACCAAGAACUAAAACAAAUACAUUCAAGAUGGUACCAGUACAUCAGACUCUGUUCUACAGUGGGGUUUUUAGCUUUUGUCAUUUGUAUUUUAUUUUGUGAAAAAAGGAGUUGGGGGGAUCUCAGAUCACAUGGGGAAUAUUAGAAGUAUAUCACUCAACAAUCAUUUUAUAAAGUCUAACUUCAAAAUGCACUAUGAUUUAUUACAAAAGUAUAUUUUCUUCUGUUUGCCGACAUGGUGGUUCCAUUUUGUGAUAAGUUAAACUCAGCAGUUAAUUUGUUGCACUGCCUGGCUGCAUGAAUUCAUCCAGUGUACAUACGUACCUGUGCAGCAUUACUUUUGGGGUUUGUAUUUGAAUUUGCAGUAUUGAUUAUUAUUUUUGUAUUUUACUUUGCCUCUGUUAUUGGAAUUGUAGUAAACAUAAUUUAUACAUAUGAUUUUACAACUGUUUUGCAACUGAAAAGUCUCCUUUAAAUUGUAAAGUUUUAUUGAUGGAUACUCAUUAAAAUGGUAUAAGAAUUAUAUUAACAAUUGUUUUGUGUUUUGAUGCUCUCUGUACAUAAAUAUAUGUCUAUUUAUCUGUUUAAUGGUGCUUGUGUCUUGCAAUUUUGGAUACAUUUUAGAAUAAAGUUUCAUUUUACAAGAA